AUGACUCUAAGGCACGUGGCUGUGUGGCUGCCUUCAGCUCUGCUCCUCUUGCAGAUUCCAGGCUGUUUUCUCCUGAGCAGCCCCAGCACCGUGACAGGCACUGUGGGGGGAUCCCUGAGUGUGCAGUGCCAGUAUGAGGAGGAAGACAAGGCACGUGACAAGUACUGGUGCAGAGGAUCACUUGCGGUGCUAUGUGACAAGAUCGUGGAGACCAAAGACUCAGUGAGAGAAGUGAGGAGCGGCCGAGUGACCAUCAGGGACCAUCCCGCCAACCUCAGCUUCACGGUGACCUUGGAGAGCCUCUCCCUGCAGGAUACAGGCUCCUACUGGUGUGGGGUUGAUGCACCAUGGCAAGAAGAUCCUGCCGUCAAGUUUAUGGUGUCUGUGCUCCCAGCCUUAGCCACAGCCACAGGCUCCUUCCUUGAGGGUAUCAGAAGCACCACGGGGCCUCCUCUGUUCCUGUCUGUGUAUACUUGGCGCAGCACCACCAGAGGGGACACCUCCAAUCCCAGUCCACAGCCUCGGCCCCUGUUCAGUAGCAUUCACUUCCUGCUCCUGGUCUUCCUGAAGGUGCCCCUGCUCCUGAGCAUGCUCAGUGCUAUCCUCUGGGUGAACAGGCCUCAGAGAGGCUCUGGAUGGAGGUGA